AUGGUUUUCUUCAAGCGCCUUUCACGCUCCAGAUCCCGCAGCAACAGCCAAUCCUACGUCGAUCGGUACGAGGACGACAACAACAGCACCAAUCAGACCAACAACAGAGCUGCGAGCUACGACGAGAAGUACGGCGGCACUCCGACUGACGAGCCUCGCGAUAACCCAAUCGCUCGCGCAUACAGCGAGUCCAACAUGAACAACAACACCAACAAUAGCGGCGGCAUGUACGCCAGCAACAGCCGACGACCGCAGCAGCAGCAGCACGACCAGUACAGCUCACCGACCGCGGCAACUUCGCAGUACGCUUCCGGCAGGCAGCAACCGCCCACCAACAUCAACACGAACGGAUACGGCAGUUACGACACUGGGAAAGUAGCUUCCACGCCAACAACAGAUGCCGCGCCGGAUCUCCUGCUGCAGGCCUUCAAUCAAGCCAUCAGGCCAUACAGUGACAAGAUUGAUGGACUGGAGGGCGAGAUUGCUGAUCUCAAAGCCUACAUCGAUGCGUUGGAGCGACAGCGGACUGAAGUGCAUGCUUGGAUUGACAAGAGAGGGCUGCGACCCGAUGUUCCACCUUCCAUCGCUCAGAUCAUGGACGAUGCCUCCCAUGCCUCCUCUCCGACCCACGGUGCUGCAACCCUCAACGCUCAGCUCGACCGCAAGAUCACUAUCGUCAAUUUCGACCUUCACCGACUGCAAGAUGAUCUCAACGACUCCCUACCCACCCCAUCAUUCUCCGCCUGCAUGCUCAAGUUUCUACCGGACAUCUCGCGCCUGUCAGCACUGCCCUCAGGACCGCGUCACGCAUUCGAUCUCUUGCUGAAGCUGGGCGGGAACCUGAACUCCCACGGGGGGCUGGAGAAUGGAGACGAGGAUGACAUUGCGGAGCGAAGAAGCUUCUACGGACGACUGGACGACGCCAUGGUGGAGGUCGUACGAGGCAGAUUCCGAGAAGAGGGGGAGAGCUGGGGAGUACAGCGCGAGAUCAAGAGAAUCGAAAAGACUGGCGCCUACCUGCGAAACUGGGGUGUCGAGCCUUACUUUCCCAGCACGUUGGAAGUCAUGCGCGAAGGUGGUGGACACUCUCUCGGCGGCGCUGUUGAUGGUGCUUCCGGCGGGAAUGGUGCCCAGGCGACCGGCGCGGGUGCUCCACCCGGUUACUAG